UCAUUUUUCACACUCAGUCCCCCCGAACGGAAACCUUGGUCAGAGAUUUUGCAGAGGCACCCAGAGAGAUACUUUCUUUCUUUCUUUCUUUCUUUUCUGCGGAGGAGGGCAGAGCAGUGACGGCACAGGGGGAAGGGAUGAAGGAGUCUAGGCAAACAUUCCUUUAUUUAUUCUGCAUCCUCUGGCUCUUGCUGCUGCUGAAGACUGCCUCUUGCUCCCCUCUGCCUCGUGGAAAAGACCCACGAGCCCCUUCGCUCCCCUUUGGGCUGUACAAAGGACACACCUGUGUUGGAUGUGUGCUCGUGGUGUCUGUCAUCGAACAGCUUGCACAGUGGCACAACAGUACAGUGAAGGCAGCUGUGGAGAGGCUGUGUGACUACAUACCUGAAAAACUGCAAGGUUUCUGUUAUGUGCUUGCUGAACUUUAUGGACCACACAUAGCUGAACUCAUAGACAAGGAAAUGAAUGCUGAUGUGGUUUGCCAUUCCUUGAGGCUGUGUAAACAGGAUCCAGGACAACCACUUUGUCAUCUCUACUCUCCUCCAAAGGUGGGACUGAGUGUUGCAAUAAGAAAAGCAAAAAGAAUUAUGAAAACUUCCAAGGACUUGAAAAGCUUCAUGGGGUUCUCAAGUGUGUGUGCAUUUCCUCUUCUGGCUAACCUCUGUGAGAAGAUUAAAUUUGUUCUAAGAAAUAAACUGCCUUUUGAAGAUUUUGAUGGAGAUAAAUUUAGCACCUUCCCAACGCUGAGGGGCUAUCACUGGCGAGGCAGAGACUGCAACGACAAAAACACAACCGUGUACCCCGGCAGGCGUCCUGAUAAUUGGGAUGCAAAAAGUGACUCUAACUGCAAUGGCAUAUGGGGUGUGGAUCCAAAAGAUGGAAUUCCCUAUGAGGAGAAGUUCUGCAAAGGUGCAGACUCCAGAGGGGUCGUGCUCCUGGGGGACUCGGCCGGCGCUCACUUCCACAUCCCUCCCGAGUGGAUGACCGCCACGCAGAUGUCAGCGAAAUCAUUUGCUAAUCUCCCCAUGGCUUUCAGUGAUGAGUUUGACUGGCCCCAGUUCUCAGAGAUCACUGGAUUUCUCAAUUCCACCAUCGGAGGGUGGACAGACUCUCUGUAUCUACGUUUACGCAAGAGAAAUCGCUGCAAUCACAGAGACUUGCAGAACAUUUCCCAAAAUGGUGGUUCUUCAGGAAACCUCCUCUCUUUAAUAAAAAGCUUGGCCAGAAACCAGCUGUUGGACAACCCAGCCAUAGUUAUCUAUGCUACAAUUGGGAAUGAUGUCUGCAAUGGGGAACGUGACACGCUGGCCCACAUGACCACACCCAAAGAAAUGCUCUCCAACGUGGUGCAAGCUCUGCGGUACCUGGACUCCCGUCUUCCAAACGGCAGCCACGUGAUUCUAACAGGCCUGGUGGAUGGUCGCUUCCUCUGGGAUAACCUGCACGACAGAUACCAUCCUCUAGGACAACUGAACAAGGAUGUCACCUACAGUCAAGUCUACUCUUUCCUCGACUGCCUCCAGGUGAGCCCCUGCAGCGGCUGGCUGACCCCCAACGAGACCCUCAGGAAUCUGACCUCGGAGAGAGCGUUACAACUUUCCAAUGUCCUGAAAGAAAUAGCAAGAUCUGAGAAAUUUGCCAACUUUGAUAUUUUCUACAUGGAUUUCCCACUGAGACAAACGGCCGAGGAGUGGCGCAAGAUGGGAGGCGAGCCCUGGCAGCUGAUCGAGCCAGUGGACGGCUUCCACCCCAGCCAGAUUGCUGCAGCCCUUGGAACAGGCAUUACCUGGCAGAAGGCACUACACGAGUGGCCUCAAGUGCUUGGCAAGGAGAAUCCAUUCAAUGAUCAGAUUGAGGCCAUAUUCAAAGAUCAAGGUGGAUACUGACUUCCCAACUGCUGGAACCCUCACGCGAUUGAUGACGGCGCUUCCACAAGUCAAGAUGAUUAAAGACACACCCAAAAAAGGGGGUAGAGGAAGUUAUCAGAGCCAGUAGGAGUGAAUAUAACACAAGAGAAUUCUUUCCAGUUUGUAUCUCACCUGCACAAGUAGAUAAUGCUUUUUCUGUGGAGCUACAAAAAUAAAAAUCAAGGGAUAGCUGCCAGCUAGACCAUUUAUUGGACCACUUUGAAAAUCCGUUCUUUUUUUCAUACGCAGCAAACUCCUACCCCUACCUAAUCUUUUUUCCUUCUGCAGAGCAUUUCUAGGUUUUCUAUUUGAAGUGUUUCAACAGUUAAUCUGAUCCCAAAGGAGAGGGGGGAACCCCAAACUCGUUAUGUUGCUAUAAAUUGUGUGUAUGUAAUUGCCUUGACUGUCAAUACAUUAUUUAGCUGCUAUUUGCUUAUUAAAGUGUGCCAGGAAUCACAAGGCACUACAAUUUUGAUGUGCCUGGCAGCAUCAGCACAGGCUGACUGAGCACAGGUUCUCUUCCCCCAUUAAUAAGAUAUUAGGUUGACAACACUUCAUGUAUUUAAAAAGCGGGUUGCUUUUUCAACCUGUAAUGUAUUUCUGCUUUUUUUGCUCUCUAAGAAAAAUAAUAUGCCCAGUCCUAUGUCUUUUACAGGCAUGGCCAAGGGAAUCAGUGAAAAUAUUGGGCAGCCCUUACUUCAUAGGCAGACUUGAAGAUGGAAAAUUACUGCAUUUUUUUGUCAGCUUAUCCAAUGCUCUUAGCAAAAUAAAUUUUUAAAA